CAUCUGGCAAAGGGAUCUGAGCCCUCCAGCCCUGCCUACCGCAUUGAAGAUGCUGACCGUAUCCCAGCUGUUCCAGACCACAAAUUCCAAGACAUUCUUGACUCUAUCCAAGCCGAAAAGGGCUUCAUCCUAUUGGCUAAUCUUCGCCCAAUGAAGAAGAGCCCUGGCACCCUGCUGGCUGUGGAGCGCAAGGACAACUCUGGCUAUGUCUUUAAGCUGGUGUUGAACGGCAAGGCAAAAACCUUGGACUUGAGUGUCUUUCCCAAAGAAGGCAAUCAAACUUUGGUGUCGGUGGAAGAUGUGGAGCUUCCUACCUGGCAGUGGAACAAUAUUACCCUUUUAGUGCAGGAGGAUCAGGCCCAGCUCUAUGUGGGAUGUGAGAAGAUGGUGAAUGCUGAACUGGAAAUCCCUAUUCAGAACAUUUUCACCAGGGACCUGGCCAGCAGCGCCAGACUCCGUAUUGCCAAAGGGGGGGUUAAUGACAACUUCCAGGGAGUGCUACAGAAUGUGCGGUUUGUGUUUGGAACUACCCUGGAAGCCAUCCUGAGAAACAAGGGCUGUGAAAGCUCCACCAGGACAGUUAUUAAACUGGACAAUCCUAUGAAUGGCUCCAGUCCAGCUAUCCGCACUAACUACAUCGGCCACAAAACAAAGGACAUCCAGGCAAUCUGUGGGUUCUCCUGUGACGAGCUAAGCAAUGUGUUUGUAGAAUUGCAAAGUCUGCGUGCUCUGGUUACGACACUUCAGGAUUCAGUCCACAAAGUGAUUAUUAACAAUGAAGUUGGCAGCGGUCCUUUUCAGAUUAGUCCUGGAGCAUGCAUCCAUAAUAAAGUUGUGUACCAAAACACAGAUGAGUGGACCACAGAUACAUGCACUACCUGUACUUGCCAGAACUCUGUUGUCAUAUGCCAUAAAGUGUCUUGCCCUAUCGUGCCUUGUUCCAAUGCCACUGUUCCUGAUGGAGAAUGCUGCCCACGAUGCUGGCCUAGUGACUAUGCAGAGGACAUUUGGUCUCCAUGGUCUGAAUGGACUACCUGCUCUGUGACCUGUGGCAAUGGCAUUCAGCAGCGAGGUCGCUCUUGUGAUAGCCUCAACAAUCGCUGUGAAGGCUCUUCCAUACAAACUCGCACCUGCAACAUGCGGGAAUGUGAUAAGAGAUUCAAACAGGAUGGUCGCUGGAGUCACUGGUCUCCUUGGUCUUCCUGCUCUGUUACUUGUGGAUCUGGCUUGAUCACUAGAAUCCGUCUCUGCAACUCUCCACUUCCUCAGAUGGGAGGUAGACAGUGUGAAGGAGAGGCAAGAGAAACCAAAUCUUGCCAGAAAGAUGCUUGCCCAAUAAAUGGGAACUGGGGACCAUGGUCACUGUGGGACACCUGUGCAGUCACAUGUGGAGGGGGCAUUCAGAAGCGUAGUCGUCUCUGCAACAAUCCUGAACCACAGUUUGGAGGGAAGGAUUGUAUUGGUGACGCUGUAGACACUCAAAUCUGCAACAAGCAAGAUUGCCCGAUUGAUGGGUGCCUGUCUAACCCUUGCUUUGCGGGAGCAAAAUGUACCAGUUUCCCAGAUGGUUCCUGGAAAUGUGGUGCCUGCCCUGCAGGUUACCAUGGAAAUGGGGUUGAAUGCAAAGAUAUUGAUGAGUGUCAAGAGGUCCCUGAUGCCUGCUUUGUCAUCGGUGGUGUGCACAGGUGUGAGAACACUGAGCCAGGAUACAAUUGCCUGCCUUGCCCAUCACGUUUUACUGGAACUCAGCCCUUUGGUCGAGGUGUGGAGCAUGCAAUAGCAAACAAGCAGGUCUGCAAACCAAGAAACCCAUGCACUGAUGGUACACACGAUUGUAAUAAGAAUGCGAAGUGCAUUUACCUUGGCCACUUUAGCGACCCCAUGCAUCGCUGUGAAUGUAAACCUGGCUACGCUGGUAAUGGUAUUAUCUGUGGAGAAGACACAGAUUUAGAUGGGUGGCCAAAUAAGAAUCUUCCUUGCAUUGCCAAUGCUACAUACCACUGCAAUAAGGACAACUGCCCCAACCUUCCCAAUUCUGGACAGGAAGACUAUGAUAAGGAUGGAAUUGGUGAUGCCUGUGACAAUGAUGAUGAUAAUGACAAUAUUCCAGAUGCCUUGGAUAAUUGCCCAUUCAUUUACAACCCACAACAGUAUGACUAUGAUAGGGAUGAAGUUGGUGACCGCUGUGAUAACUGCCCCUACAAUCACAACCCUGAUCAGAUAGACACCGAUAGCAAUGGAGAAGGAGAUGCCUGUGCUGUUGAUAUUGAUGGAGAUGGCAUUCUUAAUGAAAGAGACAACUGCCAGUAUGUGUACAAUGUGGAUCAGAAAGAUACAGACUUGGAUGGUGUUGGAGAUCAGUGUGACAACUGUCCAAUGGAACACAAUCCAGAUCAGACGGAUUCUGACUCUGACCGCAUAGGUGAUAAAUGUGAUAGCAACCAGGACAUUGAUGAAGAUGGCCAUCAAAAUAAUCUUGAUAAUUGUCCCUAUGUGCCCAAUGCCAACCAAGCUGACCAUGAUAAAGAUGGGAAAGGGGAUGCCUGUGACCAUGAUGAUGAUAAUGAUGGGAUCCCUGAUGACAAAGAUAACUGCAGACUGGUUGCUAAUCCAGAUCAGUUGGAUUCUGAUGGGGAUGGACGUGGAGAUGCAUGCAAAGACGACUUUGACAAAGAUAAUGUGCUAGACAUUGAUGACAUCUGCCCUGAGAACGUUGACAUCAGCGAGACAGACUUCCGUCGAUUUCAGAUGGUUCCCCUGGAUCCUAAGGGAACCUCCCAAAAUGAUCCCAACUGGGUAGUUCGUCACCAAGGCAAAGAACUGGUUCAGACUGUCAACUGUGAUCCUGGACUUGCAGUUGGUUUUGAUGAAUUUAACUCUGUUGACUUCAGUGGCACAUUCUUCAUUAAUACAGAAAGAGAUGAUGACUAUGCUGGCUUUGUGUUUGGAUAUCAGUCUAGUAGUCGCUUUUAUGUAGUUAUGUGGAAGCAGAUCACACAGUCUUACUGGCUUGACACACCAACCAAAGCCCAAGGAUAUUCUGGCCUUUCUAUCAAAGUAGUCAACUCCACCACUGGUCCUGGAGAACACCUUCGUAAUGCACUGUGGCAUACUGGAAAUACAGCUGGACAGGUGCGAACUCUGUGGCAUGACCCUCAUCACACCGGCUGGAAAGAUUUCACUGCCUACAGAUGGCGACUCAGUCACAGACCAAAGACUGGCUACAUUAGGUAA